GCAUUAUAGAAUCGUCGUAUCACGAAUGUUAUCUUUAGUUUCAUGUUUUCGUAGAUAUUCGAAGAAAUCAAAUUUAGUUAAAUAUUUAAUAGAAAUGCCGAAAGAUAACACUGAGCAUAUUGAGCUGGGGCAAAAACAGCGAAUAAAGAUACGGGAAAAGUCGAAAUAUUACUCCCCUGGAAUUGUAAAUCUUCAGGUUCUUGGUAAUGGCGCAAAUGGUGGAAGUUCAUCAAUUUAUUUGUUUUCAGAGCAAACAAGGUACCUGUUCAAUUGUGGUGAAGGUACACAACGACUUGCUCAUGAACAUAAAACAAAGCUUGCACGAAUGGAAAAUAUUUUUCUGACAAGAAAAACCUGGGAUCACUUUGGAGGUGUUUCAGGUCUCUGUCUCACCUUACAAGACGUUGGCGUUCCCUCCUUGCAUCUCCAUGGACCAGCUGGUAUUGACAGAAUAUUUGAGUCGUCGAAAAAGUUUGUUGUUCUUAAAAAUAUGAAUGUCGUCACACCGGAAUGCAAUGAUGGAGGAUUUUACGAAGAUUCAGUAAUGAAGGUGAAUUAUGUUCCCCUAAAAAAAGUUUUAAAAUCAGAAAUGACAAGCGAAAGAACAGGAAAUGAAAAGACUGACAUGAUUUUUAAAGAUGACACCGAUUAUUAUGGAUAUGAGAAUGGAAUCGAAGGCAGCAGCAGUAAUUCUUCAAUCGAAGCGAAAGAAAGUUUUCAAGUUGAAGCAGAUUACGAAGACACUGUCAUGGCUUACAUCUGUAAACUUCAAGAACGACCUGGUGCUCUUGAUAUUGAGAAAUGUGUUGAUCGAGGAGUUCCACCGGGACCUUUACUUGGUCAGUUGAAGAAUGGAAUUGACGUUGAAUUACCGAAUGGCCUUUUUGUGAAAGCUCGUGAUGUUCGUGCUCCUGCAUUUCCUGGUUCUGUUUUCAUUUUCGUUGAUAUUCCUGAUGAAUCUUAUCUUCAAUCACUUAUUAAAUGUCAAAGAUUCAAAAGACAUCAGAAAACAGCUGAAAAAGAUGACGACAGAGCUGUCGUUGUCAUACACUUCAGCCCUCCUCAAAUGAUGGAAAAUAAAUUAUACAAACAAUGGAUUGAUGAGUUCUCAGCAAGCACACUUCAUCUCUGUGUUAACGAACAAAAUGAAUUUUCAGGAUAUUUCGCUGCACAUCGAACGCAACGACAAUUAAACGAGUUGGAUGAAAAUGUUUUUCCAUUGCUACGAGAACGUCAUCCAUGCUUGACAAAUAAUGAAGAAAAUUUCACAAAGAAGAUGAAAAUAGAUGAAGAAAAUGAUAAAUUUAAAUAUUAUCAUCAAUUACAAAUUCUUUCGACAUUUCAUAUUCGACCAGCAAAAGGAUUUGACAGAAGUUACGAGCCUUGUUCAAAUCCCGAGAAGGUUCUUGAAGAGACAAUUUUAGAUGAAGAUUCGAUGAAACUUAUAAGUGAGUUCAAGGAGAAAAUUGUCAAAAGAAGCAGAGAAGAACGAGCAAAGGAAUUCCCUAAAGUAAUCACCCUCGGUACUGGCUCUUGCAUUCCUAACAAGACAAGAAACGUGUCAGCGAAUCUCGUUCACAUUUCAAAGGACAAUUGCGCAAUUUUAGAUUGUGGUGAAGGAACUUUAGGUCAACUUGUGAGAUUCUAUGGCCAAGAUGGUGCUGAUGAUGUGUUAAGAAAACUGAGUUUUAUUUACAUUUCGCAUCUUCAUGCUGAUCAUCAUUUGGGCUUAAUUAAUUUGCUGACUCGUCGUCGUCAAGUCACAUCUGAGAAAGUUUUAGUGAUUGCACCAGCGCAAAUUAACAUGUGGUUGGCGUUCUACAACUUUAGAAUUGAAGAAAUCUACAGCACGUUUGAAGUCUUUCCAUGUUCAAACUUGCUUGCGAAAAGAUCGCAUAUCGAGCAAGAUGUGAAGGAUGAAUUAUGCAACCGAUUGGGACUUGUGGAUAUUAAAACGUGCUAUGUUAAACAUUGCCCGUAUUCGUAUGGCAUUUCAUUUGAGAUGAAAAAUACUUUAAAGAACGAACACUCAGAACAAGAAACUUUUAAAAUCACUUAUAGUGGUGACACGCUUCCUUGCGACGAACUUGUGGAACUAGGGAAGAAUUCCGACAUUCUUAUUCACGAAGCGACAAUGGAAGACGACCUUGCCAAGGAAGCGCGCAUUAAAAUGCAUUCAACAGUCUCACAAGCCAUUGACAUUGGACGACAAAUGAAUGCAAAGUUCGUAAUCUUAACCCAUUUUUCACAACGCUAUGCUAAGAUUCCAUUGUUGGAAAAGCACGAUAAAAAUGUUGCGAUUGCUUUCGACAACAUGGAAGUGACACUCAAUGAUUUACCGAUGAUGCAUUUGAUGUACGAGCCUUUAAAAGCAAUGUUCAGCGAUCAUUUCAGACUUUUAGAGCGGAAAGCUUUAAAAAGAAAAAUUAGAGACGAGAAAAAAGUUGAAAUGAAUCUUUAAAAUCACAAACAGAAAUUUUCUUUUAUUUUGUUUUUAAGAAAUUUAGCAAUAUAAAUGAAUAUUGAAGGAUGUCAUGUGCAUGUUUAUUGCUGAAUAAAAUUUCAUGAAUAAUAAAAGAAAAUCAUAAAACAAAUCCA